AUGGUUUUGCUUCAGCUACGCUCCCUUCGUUCUUGGUUGGUGUCGAGCGACCGCAGCCUGCGCGACACAUUGAAUAGCAUCUUCUGGUUGAGCUGUGUCUUGGGCAUCAUUUUCCUGCAGUUCCGGCGACUGGUGGAGCGACUGUUGCGUUUGGGUCGUGUAAAAGCACGUAAGCAUGGACCGAUCGUGCAACACCUGUGGAAUAUUUCCUUCUACACGAGCGCAACCACUUUCUUGCUACUCUAUCAAAUGCUCCUGAUCCGACCGGAGGUGGUCCGUGAGAGUGGCAAGUACUUCCCACAGUACAACAAUGCCAUCUUUGCCACUGCCUGCGAUCCGGCCAAAUUUGAGAUUAUCACUGUUGUGCUCGUAUCGUUCCGGGUGUUUAGUACGGUAUCGAAGUUGUCCAAUGGCGACUACUCGGUUGCAUUCUCGAGCGCCCUUUGCUCAUCAUUGCUGUUGUGUUGCUUCACGCUACGGUUGGAAAACUACAGCAUCCUGCUCAACCUAUACCUGGCGAUUUACACCACGUUCGAGGAAACAUUCCUACUGUACGCCUCUCAAACGGACCACAAGCAUAACAAUAAGCUGACGGUUCUUGUGCUGCUGGUGUGUGGCACUUGGAUUUAUUUAUUUUUAAACCUUUUACCCUUCGAGUUCUUGAUACCGACUCUCUAUGCGCGCCGUGAGCUGUUCCCGCUCAAGCUGUGCUUUUGGCUGUGGUACUGCUCGUGCGUCUGGAACUCGCCGCUGUUGAAGCUGCUAUACCACAAAAUUUACCAUCCGCAUCCGAACGACUGUGCUGGAGAUGGUUCGGCCAUACGAUGCAUUCUUUCGAACGAUUGGCAAAGUUUUCGCCAUUUCCGCAACCUCGAACAUGCCUACCUCGAGCUGAUGCUGCACCAAAGCAAUAGGAAAACAAAAAGCAUACCAGCUAAUGAAAAAGCCACAUUGACCGCCUUCCAGACGAUCAAAUGUGUAGUAUCCUUAAAGCGAAAGCUGAAACGUUUGCGUGAAAACAAGGAGCAGCUGGACAAAUAUAAAUAG